CACUCAUCAUGUCGGGCUGGGAAAUUCGCUGGUCCAACUCGCGCUCGCUGCCGUACUUCUACAACGGCUCUACUGGCCAGAGCACCUGGGAGAAGCCCGCCGAGCUGAGCGACGACGCCGUCAAGUCCCUCCCCGGCGCAAAGUACCUCUCUGGCACGGCCGCGCCCGAGGGCAAGGUCCGCGCGAGCCACAUCCUCGCCAAGCACACCGGCAGCCGCCGUCCGAGCAGCUGGAAGCAGCCUAACAUCACCCGCACGCUGCCUGAGGCGCGCGCACAGAUCCAGGGAUACCUUGACACGCUGCAGGCGCUGCCGGCGGACAAGCGGGCGGCCGAGUUCGCCAAGAUUGCCAGCACUGAGAGCGACUGCUCGAGCGCGCGAUCGGGCGGCGACCUCGGGUUCUUUGGCCGCGGCCAGAUGCAGAAGGCAUUUGAGGACGCAACCUACGCGCUCGAGGUUGGCCAGCUGAGCCCGCUCGUCGAGAGCGACUCGGGCGUGCACAUCAUCCUCCGAACGGCGUAAAGUAAAGAAGCACAGCAAGCGGACAGAUAUGUAUGCCCGCGUGUGUCUGACAUGUCAAGAAGAAGAGCAGUCGCGGCAUGGGAUCAAACGCUCCAAGCCACAGGGCUAUCCGAGCUGUGUCCCGGCAGGAACGUCGCCACAGCCACUUGUGUCGGCCAGUGAGCAGCGCCGCAGCAUGUAUCCGUGCGCG